AUGCCCGAGCACACUGAAGUGGCGCGCAUAGUGCACUUUAUCCGCAAACAUUUGGUCGGCAAGACACUGUCCAAGGUCCAGGCACAACAUGAUGACAUCGUUUACGGCAAAGUUGGCACCAGCGCAGCUGAGUUCGAAAAAGCCAUACAAGGGAAGAAAGUGGUAGGUGCAGGGCAACAAGGAAAAUACUUCUGGAUUACAAUGUCGUCGCCUCCACAUCCAGUGAUGCAUUUUGGCAUGGCGGGAUGGCUGAAAAUCAAGGACGCCGACACAUAUUAUUAUCGCACCGAUAAACCAGCAGAUAAAGAGUGGCCACCCAAAUAUUGGAAAUUCUUGCUGGAAACCAGCGAUGACCCCAAGACCGAGGCUGCCUUUGUGGAUUUCCGCCGCUUGAGUCGUAUUCGCCUCGUGGAUUGUCCUAUUGAGGAGAUACGCCAGCAUACGCCUCUGAAAGAGAACGGGCCAGACCCAGUCGCGGAUAAAGAUCUUGUCAAUGAGUCUUGGCUGAUGGAGAAGUUGAGGAGCAAACGCGUACCAGUCAAGGCCCUACUGCUUGACCAAGCAAAUAUCAGCGGAAUUGGCAACUGGAUGGGAGACGAGAUCUUAUACCACGCCAAGAUUCACCCAGAACAAUACAGCAACACAUUGACCGAUGAUCAGAUCAAGGAGCUUCAUACUGCCAUGCAUUACGUCUUCACAACCGCCAUGGAUGUUCUGGCGGACUCGGAGAAGUUUCCUGAGCACUGGCUAUUCAAACAUAGAUGGGGCAAAGGGAAGAAGAAUCAAAACUCUGUCCUUCCAAAUGGAGAUAAAAUCACGUUUUUGACUGUUGGUGGCAGGACAAGUGCUGUCGUCCCUGCGGUACAGAAGAAGACCGGGUCAGUGUCUAAGGAUAUUGAUGACACAAAUGGUACCCCAGGGCCGAAAAGGAAGCGUUCUGUCAAAAAAGAACCAGAUUCAGAUGCCGAAACCAAGCCUCCGGUUAAGGAUCGGGUGACCAAGAGAAAAAGCGCUCCAGCUGUCAAGGAUGAAGAACCAGAAGAGAAGGAGAUUGAAAGGAUAGAUGUUGGAAGGCGUCGGUCAACUCGAUCAAGAAAAUAA